CAAGGGAACUUGAACCAAGAGGUGUCGCCCUGUGAUGACUUUUGGGCUUAUUCCUGCGGCGGAUGGCUAGAAGACAAUCCGAUCCCUCCAACGCAGCCGAUGUGGUCGGUCAAACUAAAACUCAAACGGGAAGCCCUUGCCGAGAUGCGUGAGUUGUUGGACACAAUGGAUGAGCCCGAGGACGUGAACAGCUUCGAAUGGAAACUCAAGACCUUCUAUUGGUCUUGCAUGGACACGCGGGCUUUCAUGAAGAAUGGCAUCGACCUCAUCAAACGAAAGAUCAUCACUGAACUAUAUGGUUGGAAUCUGAUGAGAGAAACCUGGGACCGACGUCGGUGGCACUUCGAAACAGUGUUGACGCGCCUUCAUUCCAAAUUCGGAGUCUCGCCUUUUUUCAAGGUCACUGUUGUUCCGGACCCUCGACGGGAGGGGCACAACAUCAUAAAGCUGAUGCCGUCGGGAUUUUCGAUGCCUCAUCCGAGUUAUUAUGACCGGACGCCAAACACAGAGUUCCUGCAAAUGCGCCUUCCAAGGAAGCUGAGAGAGGGCAAGUCUGUGUGUCUGGGGCCUUCCCAAGUGAUGCCGCUGCAACGUCUACAAAAUUACCUAUUCAAAUUCAAUGUGGAGCAGGCUUAUAAGCAGUACAUCAAAGACACAGUCAAGCUCUUCGAUGCGAGUGGACCAGAUGCUUUAGAUUUUGCCAAUCAUCUGUUCCACUACGAGAGUCGAAUUGCCGAAAUCACUCCUUCUGAGUCUGUCAUGAAUGAUCCUCUGCAGUCCAACAACCUCAUUUCUAUAGGCGAACUGUCACAGAUUGCAAUGACGAUUCCUUGGCUGGAUUUACUUCGACAUAUAUUUCCCAACAGCAAACUGGAUCACAGAUCGCACGUGCUUGUUGUCUCCAGAGAAUAUUUCAGUGAUAUCUCCAAAAUCAUUUCUUCGACGGAUAGAAGCCUACUGAAUAGUUACAUGGUGUUUAGCUUCGUGACUGCAUACAUGCCUUACUUAUCAGAGGAAAACAAACGAGUUCUGGAUCUCUUUCACCGAGAAUUCACAGGUCUUCAAGAACCAAUGGAACGAUGGGAGUUUUGUAUCCAAACUACAGCCAAGUUUUUUAAUUUGGGCCUUGGUUCAUUGUACGAGCGAAGCCCAAGUAGAUCUCGGUCGCACAAGAAAAAUGAACGAGUAUUAACAGAGAUCUUCAAUGAGAUUCGUUACACUCUUGGGUCCAAUUUAGCUUCCAGUCGAUGGUAUCCUGCAGAAGUCAAGGAUCAGCUGUCGGCAAAGCUGAAUAAUAUGACUCUGCAAGUUGGCUACCCAGAAAGAUUGUUGGAUCCCAGUGUGAUAAAUGCAUUCUAUGAAGAUUAUACCAUUUUCAUCAAAGAUUUCUUUCAAAAUCUCCAGGAUUCCAUGAGGAACAGCAGAAAACAGCUGGAACUGAAACUUAUUGACCCCAUGCCCGAGUCUGAAUGGAUAGAUGCCUUGUCAGCCGAUGAUGUUACUUAUAUUCAUGAGGCCAACAAGAUUGUUAUUCCACCACAUCUCCUCAGCCCACCUUUAUUUCAUCGCAACUAUCCCUAUGCCAUGCUGUAUGGGAGCAUUGGAGUGCAAAUAGCGAGAGCCAUGCUUCGUUCUGUAGACAACGUUGGUCUUGCUUGGAACAGCAGAGGACAACUGGUUGAACGGACAGUGUACACAAACAGGUCAGCAGAGAAUUUACGAAGCCUAUCAGACUGUGUAGCCUCUUCUGUGAUGGAUUUAGAUGUGGAGACUGAUGCUGUUGUGGAACGAACAGCAGCAGAUACAGCGUCAGAGAUAGAUGCCGUUAGGCAAACCUAUCAAGCCUAUGUAACCCUACUAAAGAGGCGACCGCAACCUCAGCACCCAAGUUUUGAAAGCCUUAAUACUACAAAUAUAUUUUUUAUGGCAUAUGCUGGGAGUAUGUGCUCAGAGGCAACAGCACAGCAGGAGGAUAUAGAAAGAACUUGCAGCCCAAAGCUGAUGAGCAAACCAAGAUUGUUGGCUGUUCUUGCUCAGCUUCCUGAAUUUAGCAGAAUAUUCUCUUGCCCCAAGGAUUCUCACCAUUACCCCCAUUGGUUAUGCGCCAACCUUCACUGACCUUUGGAUUACCCUUAUCCUUCAUUCCUGUUGCUGUAACAGUACAGCUGACAUGAAGGAUUUGGUUGGAUAAAUAGCUAUCGAUAGAAUUUAUCAGCCUAAGUUUAUGUGUGUGAUUAUGUAUAUAUGUGUAUAUAUAUGUAUAUAUAUAUAUAUAUAUAUAUAUAUAUAUAUAAAUAUAUAUAUAUAUAUAUAUAUAUAUAUAUAUAUAUAUAUAGUAUAUGUAUAUAUAUAUAUACUUACAUACAUAUAUACAUAAUCACACACACUCUUGUAUGUAUAUAUCAAAGUUUAAAAUAUAUCUUAUUGCUAUUCAUGAUUAAAUGGCGUACGAAUGUCUGGAAAUUGUGUAAGUGAAUAGGUAGUCUGGUUUAGUGUAUAUGAUUAACUUUUAACAAUUUUUUUAACAGAUUCACCAAUUGAAAUUAGCUGGUUCUUAUAACAUGAGUCAAACCUUUCAAAUGUGUUCAGUGUGUGCCUGCUUGUGGAGUCCAGAAGAUUCAUUGCAGUAUUUUCAUUCUUCUUGAGGUAUGUCAGUAGGAAAUGUAUGUGUAUCCAUUUAGCUCAAAGGUCAAAUAUCCAUGCAGUCAAAAGGCAAAAUUCCUCCAAAGCUGUCUAGAACUUCAUGAGUCAGAGAUGACCUGAAGUCUCGCAUUUAAGUACAUAGAGGUCAUAUUAGCAGUCUAGUGAAAUUGAUAGUUUAACUGAUAGUUUCAGAGUCUUGUACAUAACGCUUUGUGUUGGUAGCCCAGUACAAUUAUUUAGAGUAUUGUAUUUGACAGUGAUAUAACCAGGUUAACUUCCAGCUUGGUAAAUGAAACACUAUACAAAGAAGGAUUUAACAAAGUAUAUUUUUUAUCUCGGUUUUAGCAUUCACGUGGCUUAAAGUGUAUCUUAUAGAGACUUAAGUAAUUGAUUGUUUUUAUCACUUUAAUUUUUAUUUAUUUUUAUUUUGUUAAAGUUACUACCAAAUCAGAAUAUUUUUUGUCCAGAAAAAAUGGUACAUAUAUGUAAGUGGUUCAAAGGUUCUUAAAGUCGACAAGCAAAUCCAAGGGUGUGUUAAUGAUAUAGGACACAAUUGAACAGUUUCCAUUUAAAAGAAGAGUUUUGGAUUUAUUUAGUACAAAUUAGAUGCUGUUGAAUAAUAAUUAGCUGGAUUUUGCUGAAUAAUUUACUGGAACAAGUGUAUGCAAGGAUUUGUUCUAAACCCUAACAAUUUGAUUUGCUUCAUGUCUUAUUUUUUUUAUCAUUAGAAAAGCUUUCAUCUGUAUAGAAGUACCCCUUCUUAAAUAUAGUAAUACUAUUGUGGUGCCAAGCCUGUGGUGUAUAACUGUAGGAAGUCAGUGAAGUUGUGCAAUUGUUAUUGUUUGAGCAACUUCACAUGUUCCACUGAUACAAGGAUGAAUGCUAGGGUAACUGUUCAUUGGAAAACACAGUUUAGCAAGAUGAAUUGAGCUAAAUAAUUAGUAUUUUAAUAAUUAUAUACAUACUUACAUACAUACAUACAUACGUACAUACAUACAUAUGCAUGCUAAUGCAUAUUUGCAUACACAUAGAAAUAUUUUUUGUUUGUAAUUAUGCCCUUUUGGACUUAUAUGUGUUUAUGACACUUUGUAGAUACUAAAACGUUACUAGUUUGUCAUAAUGUUGUUACUGUUCCAACGAUUAAUUGUUUAUUCGUGGUGCAGGUGUUACGAAUGUUCAGUGAGUCUGCAGAGCUGAAUGUUUUGUAGGUUUAAGUCAAGUGAUGAUAAUAUAUUAGGUGAACUAAUAUUUUUUACAUAAUAUAAAGCAUUGAAUUCUUGUAUGGUAGUCUUGUUAGUACUUCACUAAUUUGAAAGGUUUGGAAUACAACUCAGCUGAAUAUGUAUCUGUCAUUCUUUUUUUUUUUCUCAAUGUUAACUAAUUCAUAGGUUAAAAAUCUGUCUUACUUUGCACUUUGCAUUGAUGCAUCAUGUAACAUUCUACCAUAGUGUUUUUUUUCUCUCAUCCAAAGAAAAACUCAUAGUGCUUAUUACUGAUACUUACGUAUUACUGAUAUAUUGGUUAUUCUACACAGGGGUUUGUUUUCACACCAGUCUACCUUUCACUGACUUACUAAUUGGGCACUGACAGGCAAUGAUGCUUUGAAUUAUUUACUCCUUACAACCUUUGUUUUAAAGGACUUUCCAGACUGGAAAAGUUUAUUGUACAGCUAGUUUGGAAUGUCCUUUGAAUAAGUAGUUAAAAUAGUAUGAAUUUGCCCUAAAGGGCAUUGAAAAAGGCUUCCAACUUUUAUCUAUACAUGGUGUGUACUUUUUUUCUCCUGCCCUUUAUCUUUACCAAAAUGUUCUUUAUAUAAGAAGCUUUUAGUUAGAGAUUUUGGAACUUUUAAAUAAGUUAUAUGUUAAGAAACCAAGGUAUGAAUUAUUCAAAACAUAUCAAAACCUGUCAGUAAAUCACUUUUUUAAAAAAUACAUUAUUUGUCUAAGAUUUUUGUUAUUUUAAUAUUUGCAAAGGAGUAUGAUUUGUUAAAAGCUUAUAUUAUUUUUUUUUUUCAUUAUUAUUACUGAUCUAAAUUAAACAAAAAAAAGUCUUGCAAAAUACAGGGCCUGGAAGGAUUACCUCAGAAACACCAAGAUAUGUGUUGUACACAAAUUAUGAACCUUACAUAUCAGUUAAUGAGAAACUUAGGCAUUUUAAAAUUAAAAUUAUAGACCAUGGAAGAUCUGACAGCAACCAGGAUGUAAAUGGCAUAAGGAAAAUUAUUUCCAACUAUGUUGUGCUAUUUGAAAUUUUUACUUGUACCUUAAGAACAAACUUGUCUCUGCCACUGUAAUUAAUUGUAAAAUCCUCCAUAAGUGUAGAAUUUAAUUUUUAUGAAACUGAAAGAAGAAAAAAUAGAGUAAAUGUACUGAUCAAGAAUGAAAUGGCUGAAAAAUAUGAUAGAAGUUGAGAGAAAAGCAAUGUGAAGGGAUGAGGAAUACUGAGCCAGAAAAGUAGUAUGUAUGUACGUAUAUAUGGAGGCACUAGAUGAAGAUUUGUGAGGUCAUGACAUGUUGGUAGUGCAGACGAACAAAGCAGAGGAUGAAGAUAAUUAAAACCAAGGUCUAAAGCAAACUCAUUUCAUGUCUCACCUCAUUAGGAUGAAGGUAGUUUUAGCCAUGAGUAGUAACUAUUCUAAGAGGAGAAGGUAUUUUCAUGAAUCACAUCUAGCUUACACCGAUUUAAAUCCUAUUGGCCAAUAAAUUAAUCCCAAUUGUCUGGUGAACUAUUUUGCCAUUCUGUACUAAUAAAUGCGUCAAGGACUUUGUCUAGAUUUCUUUCUUCUAUUCUGUUAUUUCCAAUACCCAUUUUGGGGUGUCUCCUGAAUAGUUCUUCCAGUUGUAUAUUUUGCAUAAACUUUUUAACUGCCUUUUUCAGAAUUUUUCACUAGUUUGGUAACUUUACAUGAUGUUUAUUGCCAGGAUUAGGUAAAUAUCAUUAAGUUAUUUCAGUUUGUGUAAGAAUACAUAAUGACUUAUAAUUUUUCAAUUAUUAUUACUACUAUGACUAGUGGUGUUAUUGUUGUGAAAGGAAACCCGUCCUAUAUCAGCUGCUUUUUAUUAUUUUAUUGACAUUAGUAAUAUUUUUCUGUAUACACAAAGAGCUCCUGAGGUAUGACAAAGUGUACGUAUACAUAAGAUAUAUAUAUAAAAAAAUAUAUAUAUAUCUCUUCUGUAAAUACUGUAACAAUAUUUUGUGAAAGGGUUAAUGUAGUUAGCUUUAAAUACAAUGGAAGUAGGCAGUAAAAGGAUUCAUGGGCUGUGAUACCACAUGCAGAAAAAUUAUAUGGUCAGAGUUGUGUUCUGGAGAUAUGACAAUACUUACAGUCCAGUGGUAAAAAAAACCAAGUCGUUACUUCAUACUUAAGGUAUUACUUGUAUUUUUAAUACUACUUUUGUAUUCAUGUUUAAAGUUUAGAUUCAAUAUGCUGUAUUUACCGUGUGCAUGAUCACUACUGGAUUUUUAGCAGAUAUAUGCUUUGAAUAUAGUCAGACUGUUGGGUCUGGCCUAUGCAGAUCUCCAAAAUACAGUUCUUAAUGCUGUAGGUAAUGGUUAAGUCAAGUGGCAAUAAAGUAUUUAGGAUACGCUUUACUAACUGAAAUGCUAUAAGAACCCUAUUUUGUUCCAUAUUUCAUACAUAAACACAGUUAAUAAGAUUUUUUUUUUUUUGUGGAGAAUUUCAUUGUAGAUGUUUUGUCGGAAUUCACUAACAAUCGGUGUAACAGCUGUUCUAGUCAGAUGUAAUGAGAAUUUCUAAUAAUAAUUACACUGGAAAAUUUCAUCCCACAGUAUAAAGAAAAAACUGAGCCCCUUGGUAAGAGAAACUAGGUCAGCCAUCAGCAAAGUGACUUGUAAAUAAAAAGGAAACACCAAUGUUACCAAACAGAAUUGAAUUAAGGAUUGAUGUGUGCGAUGAUUCUCCCUUGAUAGUCUGCUCUGAGUUUUUUUUAUCAAAAGUUUAGAAGUUACUGGCAAUUUGCUUCUAUCUUGCCUUUUCACUAUAUUAACUAUUUGAUAAUUUCCAGUUUUUCUCUUGCUAUAGUUUUCCUAAAUUGAAAACCUUCACAUUAAAGUCUAUUUAUUAAUGGACCUCAUCCCUUUCCUAGCAACGCAGUCUUAGUCUGCUUUUGACUAACAUUAAUGAUAACUAUGCAAAGAUAAAAUGACACUAAAUCUUGGUAGGAUUACUGUUGUCACCAAGAAGUGUGAACUAUUGGCAUCUAGACUCAGGGAUAUAUUCUAAGUAUUGUCUUUAGUAACCCGGUGUUUCUUGAAUUUUUCUUCUGUUCAUUUGGAAGUAUGGAAAGUGAAAAAAUAUGGUCACAGUUGGCUGUCAAUAAAUCUGUUAAUUGACUAAUGAUAAAUCCACUUUACUACGUCCAGCUUUAAUUUAACAUUUUGAGUACCGACACUGUGGGAUCUUGAUAUGAUACUAAGUGUAAUAAAUGAGAAAAGUUUAGUCUUUGUAGCUUUUGUUUUUUUUUGCAAGCAAUUGUCCUGAUAGCCUCAUUUUAGUUGUGAUCAACCUCAGUUUCAAAAAAUUUCACAUGAAAUUUUUGAAUGCAUAACCAUUAUUCAUAUUUCACCAAUUGUUAACAUAUUUAGUGACUGUAGUCAAAAAGUUACAGUGCUACCUCACUAUUUCAUGCUUCAGUUUGUGGAACAUAUAUCUUACAAUAUUUCUGGGGAAACUUUCACCAAUUUGCAGAUUUUUUUUCUAUGGACUGAAUCUCUUUAAAAUAUCGCUAAUUCAUUUUUUUCAUAGAGCCAUACUAUUUCUUAUUUACUUAUUUUUUCAUAUUGUUUUUGUGAUUACUUAUUUUUGUGAUAAUGAUUUACAUUGGAUUCAUUUAGUUCAUUCCAGGUUGGGCCUCAGACUGAGCAUAACAGGUGUACAAUUCUCUCUCUCUCUCUCUCUCUCUCUCUCUCUCUCUCUCUCUCUCUCUCUCUCUCUCUCUCUCUCUCUCUCUCUCUUUAAGGGGUAAUGUUAAGAUUUACUUGAAAUGAUAUUACUGUAGAGUAAAAAGUAUUUAGAUGAUACAGCAUAUUGUACAAUAAAGUAUACCAUACUUAUUUUGAUUUUAUUUUCCAGUCUGCUUUUACGGAAAAUAAAAUUAAUUAGUGAAUGUUUUAAAUAUUGUACAUGCUAUCUUCCAAAAACACUUACUAAAUUACAGUAGUAACAUCUUUUCAAAUAUGUACAUCUUGCAUUAUGCUGAGAGAGAGAAUAGAAUUAUACACCUGUUAUGCUUUGUCAGGUGUUCUAACCCUGGAAUAAGCGUAAUAGACUAGUACAUUACUAAAGUAUAAAAAUACACUGUAAAUUGUCAUGAAUACAAUAUAAUAAAAUACAGUAAUUAGUGAAUAAACUGUUGCUCCAUGAAAAAAAAGUGAAUUAAUUAUAAUUUUUACUCUCACCAAUAUACAAUGAAAAUGGGAUGACUUGAUUACUAUGUACGUAUAUGAGAAAACAGCUAUGUUAAUGUAUAAAAGUAGUACAUACAGGGAUAAUGUGAUUGGUUUUGUCAGACAUUCUGUUAAUUUGGUUUUGUCAGACAUUCUGUUAAUUUGAAUUAAACAUAGAUAUAUUUUUCUGUUAACAUUAAUACUAAUAUUUUAAAAUAGUGCAUCAUUGUUAUACGCAUUAUAGGGCAUACAUAUGAAUAAGAAGUUGUAAAAGGGUAGUACUAAUCAAAGAUGACUUGGGGUUUAGGGUUGAUGGGUUGGGGUGUAUUUUUGUUGAAUUGAUAUUAAAUUAUUUUAGUGGGUGUGAUAGUUUAAGUUAUAUUUUAGUUUGAAGCAACAGGGAAACUUUUAAAAUUAGAAAUAAACAGUUAUAAGCAUUUAGAGGGGAUGUUGCAUCUCUGCAGUCAGGUUCUGGAACCUGUCCCUGUGAAAAAGGGGGGAAAGCACUGUAAAUCUAUAAUGUAUACAAGUCAGUACCAUAUGUUGUCAUGUUCCAUAAUUAAAUAUCUGACUCCUGCAUCUUUUACCCAGUGAUUUUUGAAAGAGAAAAUGACCCCUUGUUAAAAAGUGCAGUCAUACCCGUCCACUGACAGUGAAAACAGGAAGGUUCAAACAUUUGAACGGAUAAAAAUCUCAUGCCUGCAGUUACCAGUAUGUUUGUAUCAGCAAAGACUGAUAAUAAUACUGGUAGUUAAAGCCUGUGAUGAAAUUUUUAGACAAAAUUUCUUAAAUGUAGAUAUAUUCAGUAAGAUUUAGCAAUCUGGUGUAUUCAGUUAAUUAUUAUUAAAACAUUCUCUGAUGGCAAAUAUGAGAACUGCUGUUAUGCUGUUUGUGCACUCCCAACUUAUAUAUGUUUAUUGCAUUGAAAAGACUCAUUUACUAAGUGCAUCAAUAAAUAAAUGUUACCAUGAUUGUAUGGCACAUUGCCAAAAAAUUUUGAUCAUCAUUUAUUAGGUUCAAAAUGUUUACAAAUAAAUUACUGAAGUUGAAAUAAGAUCUUGUGAAUAGAAGGCACACUGUUAAAUUAAGGAAACAAAUAUAUAUCUGUAGUUUUAAAGCCAAAUCAUUUAUAUCUUUUUAGAAUAUGUGAUCAUAUACCAGUACUUGUUUAAGUUAGAUUAUUUCAGUUAAUAUGCUGAGCAUUCAAACAUCACUUUGGACUUUGAAGUCUGUGGUACCAGCAUUGCCAAUCCUGAUACAUAUUUUUUAUUAAUUGUCAUAUGAACUGAGAAAUCUUGGUA